UUAAUACAAAAAAUUCCCCAGCUCACUUUACCAAAUCUGAGACAUCUUAAGAUCGACAUCGCUGUCCCUCUCUCUCGUCUUCGACCAGCGAAUCUGAGCUUUUUCAGAUCUCUGGCUCUCAUUCUCUCUCUCUUGACUACGUACAUGGAACCCAUUUCGAAACCCUAACACUCUGAGGAGCGAGGGCCAGAGUUUGGGAAUCGUUGGCAGUUGAAACCUCGUCAUUGAUGAAGAAGUUAUCGAAGUGUUUUGAUGCGCAGACAAGUGGUUUUACCAAGCAAUCAAUAGAACAUGACACUGUUUAUUUGAGAGGUUACACAUAUGGAUCUCGUUUUCUGGUGUCUGAAAGCAAUUGCAACGGUCCUAAGAUUUUAUUGUUGAUGAUUAUCAUUCAUCAAGCUCCACUGUUUGUGAGUGCGGCUUGCGCUUCAUAACAUUAUCACGAGUAGAAAUACUUGGAUGGAACAUUGUGUACUCAAGCAUUCUUUUGAAUGCUUUCUGGUUGGCAUUGAGGACUAUGGGUUUUGUUUAAUAUUCUGAUUCAUAGUGCAUCCGAGUUAUAGAAACUCAAGAUACGUUUCCUUCUAACAUAUAACAUGCCUUCAUGGUGGAGCAAAUCUUCCUCAAAAGAUGUGAAGAAGAAGACCACAAAAGAAAAUCUUAUUGAUACUUUGCAGCGGUUCAUAAGUCCAACUGAACAGAGGGGUCUUGCCAAGCCAGGAGGGACCCGGAGGGAUACCUGUGAUACAACUUCAGAGAAAGGAUCCCGAUCAAGAGCAGAAUCUCGAUCUACAUCACCCUCGACGCAAGUGUCACGCUGUCAAAGUUUUGAUUGGUCACAUGCUCAGCCGCUUCCACUUCCAGGGCUACACUCAGGCGUAACACACACUCCCUCUGGAGUCAGUGUUUCAAAGCCAGUGCUGGAAAAACGUGGUAAACCUCCUCUGUUUUUGCCACUUCCAACACCAGAUAGGGUUCCACGAAGACCAGUCUCUCAUGAUACUGAAGCAGAUUUGACUACUGCAUCUGUUUCCAGUGAUUGCUCUGUUGAUAGUGAUGAUCCUGCAGAGUCGCGACUUUACAGCCCUGUAAGUUAUGGGCCUGACGAUGGUGGCAGGGUAGUGGCAAAAAACAAUUUGUGUCCGGCACAGAAACAUCAGACUGUUCGUUCUGUUCCAAAGAAUGCAAAAGAACUGCUGAAGCCUGUUAAUUUGCUCAAUAGCCAAAGUUUAUCUACAUCACCCAAACGUGGAGUUUCACGCAAUCAGCAAGGCAAUAUACAGGUUACUCGCCAUGGCGCUGUUGGAAGUGCUCCUGAUAGUUCGAUGUCAAGCCCUUCAAGAAGUCCAAUGAGAGCCAUCUGCCCUGAACAGAUACCCACUUCUGCCUUUUUGGCAUCAAAGCCUUACUUAGACGUAACUUUCCUUGGGUCUGGUCAAUGUUCUAGUCCUGGCUCAGGGCAGACGUCUGGUCAUAAUUCACUGGGAGGAGAUAUGCUGGGGCAGUUAUUUGGGCUGCAAAGUCGGGGUAGUCAAGAAUGUUCUCCUAUACCUAGUCCUCGAAUGACUAGUCCAGGUCCAGGUUCUAGGAUACACAGUGGAGCUGUAUCUCCAUUACACCCGCGUGCUGGAGGAACUGCACCAGGAUCACCUACAAGUCGGCAUGACGAGGGAAAAAAGCAAAGCCACCGUCUCCCACUUCCUCCUAUAGAUGUUUCUAAUAUAUCUCCUUUUUCUCCAAAUAACUUGCAAUCAUGUACGUCUCCCCCAAUACCAAGAAGUCCUGGAAAGACAGAGAAUCUACCGAGUCCCGGUUCACGGUGGAAGAAGGGAAAGAUGAUUGGUCGGGGCACAUUUGGCCAUGUUUAUGUAGGCUUUAAUAGUGAAAGUGGUGAAAUGUGUGCCAUGAAGGAAGUUACCCUAUUCGAUGAUGCUAAGUCAAAAGAAAGUGCAAAACAGUUGGGGCAAGAAAUAUCCCUGUUGAGUAGGUUGCGGCAUCAGAAUAUAGUGCAAUAUUAUGGAAGUGAGAUGAUAGAUGAUAGACUAUAUAUCUACCUGGAGUAUGUAUCCGGUGGCUCCAUACACAAGCUUCUGCAAGAGUAUGGGCAGUUUGGUGAGCCAGCAAUCAGGAGCUAUACCCAACAAAUCCUUUCCGGCCUAGCAUAUUUGCAUGCCAAGAAUACUGUCCAUAGGGACAUUAAAGGUGCAAACAUACUUGUAGACCCAAACGGACGAGUUAAGCUGGCAGAUUUCGGGAUGGCAAAACAUAUAGCUGGACAGUCAUGUCCCUUAUCAUUCAAGGGAAGUCCUUACUGGAUGGCACCUGAAGUUAUAAAAAACACAAAUGGGUGUAAUCUUGCUGUCGACAUAUGGAGCCUUGGAUGCACUGUUUUGGAGAUGGCUACAUCAAAGCCACCUUGGAGCCAGUAUGAAGGGAUUGCCGCAAUGUUCAAGAUUGGGAAUAGUAAGGACCUUCCGCCAAUCCCUGAUUAUCUAUCAGAUGAAGGGAAGAAUUUUAUAAGACAGUGCCUACAACGCGAACCGUCAAGACGUCCUACUGCUGCUGAUCUGUUACAGCAUCCAUUUGUAAGAAAUGCAGCCCCCCUGGAGAAAGUUACCCUUAGUUUUGACCCCUUAGAACAGCCGAUAGCCAUCGCAAAUGAACGGAAUUCCAAGGGUGUUGGGCAUGUAAGAAACCUUUCUUCUGUAGACAUGGAACGACCGACAAUCUAUCAUCGUAGAUGUCCAAAAUUCUCUGCAAUGACCAGUGAUAUUGAUAUGAAACAUGUAUCCUGUCCUGUCUCCCCUAUUGGAAGCCCUUUACUAAACUCAAGAUCACAUCAACAUUUCAGUGGAAGGAUGUCCCCUUCUCCCAUAUCAAGCCCAAAGACCACUUCAGGCUCAUCAACACCUCUGACAGGUGGUAAUGGGGCUCUUCCGUUCAAUCAGCGAAAUCAGUUGCCUUACCUUCAUGAGGGUUUUGUGUGCAUGCCAAGGUGUGCAAGCGAUCUGUAUAUUACUGGGUCCACUCAUCAUGACCCUAGGCUUGACUUUAUCCAAGGCAUACAGCAAGUUUCGCCUAUAUCUAAAGAGAAGUCAUCAGAAACUGACAUUCUCAGUCUUCAGUUUGGAAGGAGUGCACAUAUGGAUCAUGUUAAAGUGAAACCAUCUCUGGAUCUUUGUCCUGGUUCUCCAAAUAUUGGUUGAACAAAGGUCACCUGAUGUUGUAGCAUCUGGUACUACACUGAAGCUUCAGUUAUGGACUUCUGCAUUAUUUUAUAGAGAUUACAGAACUGUAAGAUAAGGUGCCUAGUUUCGCUACAGAACAAAUUUGCUGAUGUUAGAGGCUGAAAUGAUGGAGGCAAGCAUCUUCAAUACUUCUCAUCGAAUUUAUACUGACAAGGAUGAAUUGGACAUGAUUUUAAAAGGAGCAUUUUUAUGCCAGCAAAAACGUUUGAACAGUUCCAGGUUAAAAAUGGAACUUUGUAUUUUAAGAUCCUUAGCAGAGAGGGGAAAAAGAGGGCGAUUGUAAAAUUUUCACUUGCUGUACUUUGUUAUUAUGAUCGAGGCCAUUGUACAGAAGAUGACGAUAUGCGACUUAGCCCGAAAUAUUACGUCAAAGACUGGAAGGCCUCCCAGCAUUUUGUCAACACAUUUUGUCGUCUGAGCUUUCAACUCCCAUUGUAAAGUAUUGUCAGCUCUGGUUUUCAAACAAUAACAUUUUGCA